AAUUUUCAUAGAGAAACAAGUUGCCGGGCAGUGAAUAUAAGUGUGUGUAAUUGUAAAUUGAAUCGUAUGUAAACAUGGACACGCGACUGCACUCGAUAUUGCAGACUGUCAUUAUUAUGAGCUGCCAUUACAUGGCGAAGCUGGGAUCGGAAUAAAAAGAACAGAUAAAAAUGACAAUAAUGACAAGAAAGAAGACAGAGGUUUAUAAAUAAGGGAGAAAAAAGGCUUUGACACUCUCAUUGUACAAAUAAUUGCAAUACUAAUCCUAGCCCACUACAUAAGGACGAGCUGGCGGAGCUACUUCCAGAGCCAAAGUACAUACGCACCCCCUGACGUAACGUAUAGUAGUGAAUAGUAGUAUAAAGUUCGCGGAAUGACAGUCGCGAUAAUCGAAUCAGACAAUAGGGCGUUUAGAAGUGGCCGAGCCGAAAACGGCAGGGGCGCGACCCCGUAACGGAUAGAAAUAAAAUAGAUUCUAGAGUUUAGUUGUAUCCCAGUGCCAGUGGUUGAUGUCAUCAGGAGGAUUCUGAUGAGUUAAAAGUAAACGUACAACGUAUGCAGACCCCAAAGGGCCACACGUGACUUUUUAUCCCUCAAUAUCUGUAUCUUCUAUGUCUAUAUCACGAAGCAGUUGUUAAGUCUGCUUACGACCAAAAUCUUUUUAUUUUUUUAAACGUCGAUCAGACUUAAUUCCUCUAAACUCUAAACAAAUAAGCGCUGCGGGACUCCAAAUUUAUAUCUGUAAUAUUGAAUCCAGCGGUUUGUAAACGUGGAAUCAGUUGCUGCUCAUAAAACAGCAAUAGAACAGCGAGUAGAAGAACUAGAACAGAAUUUCGCCGGUCCAGUUUCAAUUUCGCCGGUCCAGUUCUCUCUACAGUGUGGUUUGGAAGCCGAAUUGUAUUACGUGCGAGAGGGCGUAGUGAAUGCAUACGCGAUGUCAUUUGUUGUUCCCGUUCCGGCGAACAUUGCAGACUUGGAAUUUUCUUGGCAGAGCUUGGCUGGCAUUCCUCUCCCGUACUCUAUGGAAUUAGAUUACGAUGUUGUGGGAGUGCAAGGUGGUAAUCCCGAGGCGGUGGCACUGCUACGACCGCAAGUAAAUGUCUCAGCCAAAGGCCAAGUUCCAACAACACUUCAAGUCUUUAGAAUACGUAUUCCAUGCUCGGGUUUACUUAGCGCUGAAAUACCGAUGGCGUUACGGCUCAAUAUUUCGGCGCCUCCUGGUACUAAGUAUAACGAUACUACUUUGGUGUUUAGAAGGAACAAAAUUUGUCUUAAAGGAGUUGAAGCGCCACCGAGUAACGACUCAAUUCGUUUAGAAGCCGGUCCCUUCAUAAAUGGUACAGGUGCAUUAUAUCUCGCAGCAACCUGCGCGUGUGCUUUUAUCCUUGUUGUCGGAAGUGUUGGCAGCGCUUUGUAUAUACGCAACAGCAAGGCUCGAGUGCAAGAAUCACAGAAAACACUGCCAUGCUGCAGCUACUCAGCAGCGGGCACGGGCGGACUGACCGGAAGUUCUGUGCUGGUAAGGGUGGACCCAAGGCCAGGAAGCGCCAAUUCCGGAAGUUACGCGACUAUUGCAGACCUUGAGCCUUUGUACGCGCGGCCCUGCGGUUCCAGAGCGAGUUAUUACGCAGCAAGUCACGUUACCAACAUAAGCCAGACAACCGACCCGUGUGAUAAAGCGAGAGCGAUGGCGAUCCCGAGAUCAGCACUCUAUUGCCGAAGUGUCAUUCAAGAAGGGACAUUCGGAAGAGUUUAUAAGGGUUCGCUGAACAUCGCCGGUCGAGAACAAGAAGUUAUCAUCAAAACGGUAACAGAAGUGGCAUCAGCUUACCAAGCCUCACUGCUGGUGGUGGAAGGCUCCCAAUUAGCGGGCCUAGUGCACGGGAACAUAGCGUCACUGGUGGCUGCAUGCCUGGACAAUCCAUGUCCGCUGUUGGCUUACGCGAGUUCACCCAGCGAGCUAAAUCUCAAGACCUACCUUACCGACGGGUUUCAUCAUCCAGUUACCCGCGAUUUGGUAAAUGUCGGUGUGCAGGUGUCUCGUGCUGGCGCUUUUCUACACGGCCGCGGUCUCUUGCACAGGGACAUUGCAACAAGAAACUGCUUAAUAGAGCCGAAUAACUUCCGAGUUCGUUUAGCAGACGCAGCAUUGGCCCGAGACCUGUUCCCCCAGGACUAUCAUUGUCUUGGUGACAAUGAAAACCGACCAAUUAGAUGGAUGGCUUUGGAAAGUCUCGAGCAUAAUCAAUACAGUACGGCUACCGAUGUUUGGUCUUUUGGCGUGUUCCUGUGGGAAUUGGCAACAAUGGGCGGGCAGCCCUACGUAGAGGUGGAUCCCUUCGAAAUGAUGGCCUGUCUGAGAGACGGCUACCGACUUGUUCAACCCCGCCCUUGUCCAGAUGAGCUUUUUGCCGUGAUGGCAGUCUGUUGGCUGGGAAUGGCUCGGGACAGGCCAACUAUGCCCCAGCUUCUUGCCUAUCUUCAGGAGUUCUACGACGCGCUCGGUGGAUUUAUCUGAGGUGUUUGCUGAAUAAUAGAUGCUAGUAAAUCAGAGAUAUAGAUAUGAGUUGGGACUGGAGAUAUCUAGUCAGCUCAAGAUUGAUAUGGACAAUUAAAAAUUUUUAAUUACAUUUUAUGUACUGAUAUUUUGAAGCCAGGAAUGUUAACUUUCAGGGUCGAAUAUUUUUUUUUAGUUUUUUAGGGGGUAAGAUAAAUUAUUAUAAAUUUUAAUGAUGUAUUAUAUUUAUAUAUACGUAUAGUAUGGUGACAAAUAAUCACGUGGAUUGUUCCGUGCCCAAAAUUAAACAUAGAACCUGUAACACUUUUUUUUUUUUAUUUUUAUAGUGUCAAUUUUUUAUAAAAUUUUUAAAUUAAAAAUAGUUUUGUCAGAGAAACUUUGAUAAGCGUUUUUCGGUUCCGUGAUUAAGGAUAAUCUUUCAAGUUUUUCUGUACAAUUAUUCUUCUUAUUGUAUAAUGAUACGUAUUUAUUUUUAUACGCCAUUAAAGCUCCAGAGACAUUAAUUAAGAGGGCAAUAAGUCGUAAGAUAACUAUCGCUGUCUAUUUUAUUUUUUUUUUUACUUUUAUCAGAGCAAUGAGUGGAGUAGAAGUCGGAAAAGCGGGCGCAGGA